UUCAACAUGGAGCGUGCAAAUGUGGAAGAAUUUUAUGAGAUUUACAAAGGUGUCGUUGCUGAAUACAUGGAGAUGGUUACAGAGUUGUGUUCAGGCCCCUGCAUAGCAAUGGAGAUUAUACAACCCAAGCCUCCAAAAGUGUUCAGAGACUUCUGUGGUCCUUCUGAUCCUGAAAUAGCCCGUCUUCUCCGACCUGGAACUCUGCGUGCUGUCUUUGGGAAGAACAAGAUUCAGAAUGCUGUCCACUGCACAGACCUCCCCGAAGAUGGAAUUUUGGAG